AUGCCGUUCUUUACACAGUUUCGUCGUCGAUCCAAAGCCAGCUUCCGCACCGCUAAGUCGAAUGAGUCCCAAUCCAAUGGAGAGAUGACCUCAGGAAAAUCGUCGUCGACACUCGAGACUGCCUCCUAUAACUCAAUCACCCCACCCUCCUCCAUUAAACCCACCCUCUCGUCUCCAAAUUUGCCCGCUUUAAGCGAAGGCAAUGGCAGCGUUAAUGGCUCUCAGCUCCCUCUGCCUCCCCAACGAGCAGGUUCUUAUACAACCCCAGCUCAGCGCAACAGUGCCGUGAUUGGUGGUAGUACUAUGUCAGUAAAUGGCACGCGAUCGCCAACUCCGUCUUCCCCAUACGCUCCGAGAAUUAUCUCCAUAUCCGACAACGCAUGGGUACACCAAAAAGUUUUACUGGUCUACGGUCAAAUCGGCGAUCCAAGGCAGCAUCCGCUGGACGGAAGUGUCACGGUCUAUCACCACCAAGACGGGUUCCCAUCGGUCAGCUGGCCCGUCACAUCUUCCCACUUCAAAACCCUCGUGCAUCUCGUCCCGGGACCUAAUCGGCUGCGUUUUGAUUUUGUGUCCACCAAAUUGUCAUCAGGCAGCACCCAUCCGGCCAUACAUUCGUCGUGGAUUUGUAUCAACUACCUCCCACUGGUUAACGCGCCGCCCUUGCAUUUGGUGAUCCUCCUUGGAAAGGACUCGGAUGGAACCUUCGAUACGGUACCGGAGAAAAAACAACGGGAAGGGAAUGGACUAGAAACGGCAAUUCGAAAGUACCGGAUGGCGGCCUACCUGUGGCAAGCGUUCACUGGCGAACAGAUGUUCCGUAAUAAUUUCGGUAGGCGGUGUUUCCGCUUCGAGGAGGAGUGGCAGACGGGCACGCUGAGCCGACGCGAUGAAGCGAAUGGGCACAUGCGAAAUGAAGCCAAGGUCCACGUUGUUCGGUCCGAUAAAACGGUAGCGGAGCUCAGGGACCUCAAUAUCGCUCAACAAUACGGUCCAGCCACUAAAAAGGACGAACUGUUCAGGAUUGCCAAGGAAGCCGUACAGAGCUAUUUCCAGCCCCAGCAGGCCCAGAAGCAGUACGUCUCUGUGUUACUCCUGGACUCUCACUGGGACGCAGGCUCCCAGAUCAUUACCGGUCACGCCGCUUUAGGGUCAAGUGGAGACGAUAUCAAGAUGGCUAUCUUUGGCUCUCACCUCCUACAAAGCUACCCCAAUAAUCUGGAAGAGGUUGUAGAUGCCUUUUCUGACUGCACCCGAACAAACACGGAGUUCGUUGCGAACGACUGUGGCGAGGCGGGAUCCAAUUGGGAGUCAGCCAACAUUGGAAUCGGGGCCCACCUUCACGAAGUAGGUCACCUCUUUGGCUGUCCUCACCAAGAAUCAGGGAUUAUGCUACGGGACUAUGUCCGUCUCAACCGGUCCUUUACGACACGCGAGCCAUUCUCGACGCGGACGAAGACUCAGGGGCUUAAGCUGUGUUUACCCCAGGAUGAAUGUGGCUGGCACCGCCUCGAUGCGCUGCGUUUCCGUUUUCACCCUUGUUUCCGGCUGCCUGGUGAUGCGCCCGUAAGCUCGGACGACAGCGUUCAAGUCUGGCCGGUUGAGAAUGGCAGGAUUCUUAUCACGGCCUCUUCGGGAAUCGCAUUCAUCGAAUUGUACGCAGAAGGCGAUCAGGUGUGCCGCAGCUUCAUUGAAUACGUCAAUAGCGAAUCGAGUAACAACGGACUCCCCAAGCAGAUCACCGUGACGGAGAAUGAGCUGCGACAACGUGUAUUUGGCAAUGAGAAGGAGAAGAAAAAGAAAACCAAGAUGUUGAUCACAUCCGCUGCACUCGGUUGCCGCACAAUCGAUUCUAUCGACAGCUUAAAAUCGAAGCUGUCUCUAGUGAAAUUACCCAAAGGUCGUACUGGAUACAAAGGCGGUGCUCUCGGGUUCUCCCAGAUGGAAGGAAGCCAGCCUGAACAACUUCUUCUAGAUUGUGCUUUGUCAACCAAACUCCUGACUUCAAUCAAGGUCUACCACGGGUCGGCAUUAGAUGGACUGGAAUUUUUCUAUGAGGACGCCACCAGCCAACUCUUUGGGAAAAGAGGUGGAAAGCCUGGUGGCGAUGAAUUUGUGCUCGAAACUCGACGCGGAGAGAUUCUGCUUGGCUUCUAUGUCCGAGCAGGGGCUUGGAUUGAUGGCAUCGAGUUCUUGACAAGUUUAGGCCGGAAAUCUGGGGUCUAUGGCAACGCUCAAGGCGGAUCAGGACAUACGUUGAUCCCACCCCUGGGCUAUAAAAUUGCCGGUAUCUCAGGUUCCUCCUGUACUGGUCCCAGCACCAGAUUUGGCGCGAAAGGCGCUAUUGGUUGA